AUGGCUUCGAUAUCCACUCUCAAAAUCAGAAGCGCAUCUAUUCUCAACGUCCGUGACGAUUCUUCAACUACCACCAUGUCAAAUUCAAUGGUUAACCUUCUUGCUGCCUUGAUGAUCUUGGUAUUCAUUGGACUUGUCUUGGCAGGUGCUCUAUAUGUUGUGCGAAAGAUUCGUCGAAACAGAGCCGUUGCUCGUCAGCAAUUACCUUUACAUAACGAUCCACCAAGAUCACACCACCGCCGAUUAACUAUUACCGCUACCCCAUAUGGUGGUCGCGGUUCCACCAUUCAUGUCUAUGAUGAGAAGUCAUCCAUGAUGGACUCAGACCGUGCAUCACGCUCACCUGAAGAUGUUCCCGAAAUUCGCAUCACUUUCCCUGAUGAACAUGACGAAUCCACAGGAAGUAAGAAACGUGGUCGCGUGGUUGUUGUUCGUGUCGGAGAAACCGGAGUUGGUCUCGAACCCUUGAAGGAGGACUCACUACCAGCUUAUGAAAAGGAGACUGGAGGUACCAGAUUUCAAUCUAUCGAUAUGGAUCGCAUCGGUGGUUUAAAGGAAAAGGAAAGCUGGUCAUAA